CCGCAAUCCACUCACGGUAGAAGUAGUCCACGCCAACGCCUCCAACAAUCCCCAUCUUCUUUCCUUCAACUUAACCCGCAAAUCUUGAUGGUUAGCGGGCACAACAGCGUCAAUUCCCCGGGGGUUCAGCUCUCGAUUCCCCAGACCACCGUAAAACCGCUCUCUGUGCCUGCAAUCUGACCACUCGACUCGUCAUCACUAUCAUCUCCUCGCCCGCCUCUCGAACCUCGCGAACCUCGGACAGCCCGUUUGUCGUCCAAAACAACCGCCACCUGUGGUGGUCUGGAUGGACCUUCCCCCCAACUGGCAAAAGGCCGUAUCGCGAUCGCGCUGAAAGACCUUGAUCUCCCUCUUGAGAUCACCGUCUGAAGGCGCUGCCACAUCGCCAUUGCUAGAAGCAUGCCAGCGACAGAAGCCGAAUAUCACCCAAGACACCAUGUUCCGGCCCGCCAACCGACUGCGAUCAUGCCUCGAGCUCAGGGAGAGCGCCCACAGAGGCUGGUCAAGCGGUACCGCACCGAGAUCGCCGCAAGCACCUCGAGCAUGUUUUCCACCGUCGUCGCCUUCCCCCUCGAUAGCGUAAAGACGCGAAUGCAGACUUACCGAUACGAUGGCUUCCUCGACUGCGUGAGGCACACGUACCGCACCGAGAAGCUGAGAGGCUUCUUUCGGGGCGUGCUCGCCCCGAUGGCCAGCAUCACCCUUGUGCGAACAAUGUCCUUUUCGAUCUACCAGCGCGCCAAGUACAGCUAUUCCGGCUGGAUAAAAAACGCCCUGGGCUUCGACGUGCUGCAGCACGUCAACGAGAAGGGCACGUAUCCCAACCUUUACUCGAUUGCCUGCUUUGGAGCCGCCGGUGCCACGGCCGGCUCGUGCAUUACGGUUCUCGCCUGCCCGUUUGAGUUGACAAAGCUCAGCGCGCAAGUGUCUGUACUGCUGUCGGACCAGCAGAAGCUCAAGGAAGCCAACUGCCGCGCCACCAACGGCCACCAAGUCGCCGCCAGCUACCAGAACAAGGGCACUUUCAAAACCAUGCGAAACAUCAUCCGCCACAGGGGUGCUUUGGGGCUCUACACUGGCUUCAACUUGCACUUGUUGCGAGAUACGCUGGGCACGGCCAUAUACUUCAUGGUCUACGAGAGCGGGAAGCAGCUCGGGACCACUUUUGGCGGCGAUCAUCCAACGACGAACAAGCUAUCCGUUGUCAUCUCUGGGGGUCUUUGCGGGAUAGUAUCCUGGGCAAUGAUCUACCCCAUCGAUUCGGCAAAGAGCAUUUACCAACGAAACUCUCUCUUGUACUCCAAGGGGCAACAGGUCGAGCCUCCCCCAAAAAUUGAAUUCUUUAAACGGCACAUGUACCGCGGGCUCGGAGUAUCCAUGGGACGCUCUUGCGCCGUGAACGCCAUCUUUUUCUCGGUUUUCGAAUUCAUGAAGAAGCAUGUCAAUUCACUGGAUGAUAACUCAGGAAUUGCGUAAUUAACGAGAUACUUGUCGGUGUGCCUCGUCGGCACCUUCAACGGCCGACCUGAGUUGGACGGCGUUUUUUUUUUUUUUUUACUAGGUGGGG